CCUGUGUUUCCCUCCCAGAACCUCAGAACUUUCCAACCAGGCAUAAUGGCAACAAUCGUGCCUGUCUUGCUGCUCCUACUGCUCCUUCUUUGUCCUGCAGUCCCUGAGAAGACCCAACCUUGUAAUUACACCCUGACCUAUCUAUACAUUGGGCAGUCCAUGCCAAGUGAAGACUCCCCCAGGUUUCAGGCCACUGGCUUCCUCAAUGAUAAGGAAUUCCUGAACUACAAUAGUAAAGACAGAAAAGCAAAGCCCCAGGGACCAUGGAAAGACGUGGAAGAAAUGGAGGAUUGGGAGAAGGAAAGCCAGCUUCAGCAGGCCAGAGAGGCCAUCUUCAUGGACACCCUGAAAGACAUCAUGGCCUUUUAUAACGACAGCAAUGGGUCUCAUACCUUUCAAGGAAGAUUCGGUUGUGAGCUGCAGAAUAACAGAAGCAUUGGAGCAUUCUGGAAGUAUGCCUAUGAUGGAAAGGACUUCAUUGAAUUCAACAAAGAAAUCCCAGCCUGGGUCCCCUUAGACCCGGCAGCCUGGAACACCAAGAAGAAGUGGGAGGCAGAGGAAGUCUACGUGCACAGGGCCAAGGCCUACCUGGAGAAGGAGUGUCCUGACUUGCUGCGAGGGUACCUGAACUACAGCAGACACAUCCUGGACCAGCAAGAUCCUCCCUCUAUAUUAGUCACCAGCCGUGAGACCCCAGAAAAAACCAGUAUCCUCAAAUGCCAGGCCUAUGACUACUACCCAGAAGAAAUCAAUCUGUACUGGACUCAGGCUGGUGAGGUGCAGGAGUCUGAGUCAAGGGGAGAGGUCCUGCCCAGCGGAGACGGCAAAUACCUGUCCUCCAUAGAGUUGUCAGUGCUGCCUCAGGACGAAGACAUUUACUUUUGCUCUGUGGAACACAGUGCCCUGGCCCAGCCCCUCUCAGUGUCCUGGGAUGGCAGGCAGGAAGCAGGGGCAGAGAGCGCUGUGGGGGCUCACCCCCAGUAGCCACCAUCUCUGCCUGUCCUGAGAGAGAUGAACGUCAGAAGUCACCAUAAGUGGCAUCAGCCAGGCCCAGGAGUGGUGUACAAGGCAGACAGGUGGGGAUUUGGAGAGAGGAGACAGGAAUGCUGGGCACUGAGCUGACUCUCAGGGCCAGGUUGCCUCACCUACCUUGCAAAAUAAUGGCCCCCCAGUGCCUAGUGUGUACAACCUAAUAAAUAAUAACCUUGC